GCAGUUCUGUGGCGUCUACACCUCCCUGGCUGCAGACAUCAAGGGACAUGCCAGGCUGGCUCGGGGCGAGAUCAUCAUCGAGACAUUCAAGGCGGUGAAGAUGACACGUUGGACCAAGUUCAUGACCUCAUUGAAGUUGGAUGAGAAAGUUGAUUUUGAAGAAGGUGACAUCGGCCUGGCUGGAGGCAUCAAGACCUUCGAACCAGCGCUUGCUCAUCCAGUGGCCAAGGACCAGAUUGUGCGCUUCGGCGGCCAAACUGACGGAUUCCUCCCAUGGCCGGAGAAGAUGGCUACAGAGACAGACAACAUCGAGAGGACCAUCCAGAAGACGAUUCAGAAGUCGCUGCACAAGAUGCUGGGUAGUGGAAAGAAGGGUGGACCUGGUUCCAUCAGCACCGGCCUGAGCAGCGAUCAAGAUACGAGCAGCAGCCACCACAGCAGCGACCACAAGGAUGAUUGAGCAGAUCGGCACGAGCAGUCAAUUCCUGGUAGCCCAUUCAUUGUGGGGCUCCUCAUCAAAGUCACCCCAUUGUUGGUCCUGGUUUAAGCGGUUGCAGGGCACCAGGAAGCAAGAUUUUGGCACAGCCAUCGGGAAGCAAUUGAAGCUUCGGAAAAGAUCCUUUCAUGUGGUGUUUGUGGCUGGGAUCUUCCAAGGGCAGCCAA